AUGGUAGAGAUCAGGGGGAUGCUCCAGCAACUCAUUGGGACAAAUGGUAAGAUGCAAGAAAAGUUGGCAGUAUAUGAUUCAGCUAUGAAGAACAUUAAAACUCAGUUAGGGCAGUUGUCUAUGGCUUUAAACAACCGCCCCCAGGGAACAUUGCCAGCGGACACAAAUAUUAACCCCAAGGAGCAAAACCCGAAUCAGCUGAUGGCAGUAAGUCUCCGGAAUGGGAGAGAUUUAGACAAAGAGCAGGAGGUUGCACAAGCCAGCAAAGAGACUACGCCAGCCACUCCAAUUCCACUAGAGGUAGAUGAACCAUCAAAUCUGACUGAAGUGGUGGGUGAACAGAACCCUAACAGAGAGAAGCCGACAAAUAGUGCACAAAGGGUAAUACCUGCACCAUUCCCUCAAAGACUGGUAAAACAAAAGAAGGAAGAUCAAUACAAGAAAUUCAUGGAGGUGCUGCGUCAAAUUCAGUUGAAUAUUCCUUUGAUGGAUGCCUUGAGGGAGAUGCCAGGUUAUGCGAAGAUGAUGAAAGACCCAAUGUCAUGGAAGUUUGAUUUUCAGGACCUAUCCACAGUGACUCUAACGCAGACCUGCAGCACAGUAGUGACCAAACCGAUGGCUCAAAAGAUGUCAGACCCAGGUAGCUUCACUAUUCCAUGCACGAUUGGGAGUUAUGCCUUUGCAGCGGCAUUAUGUGAUUUAGGAGCCAUCAUAAAUUUGAUGCCUCUGGCUGUAUACACCAAACUGGGCAUUGGCAGAGCUAGACCGACUUUGAUGUUGCUGCUGCUGGCUGACCGCACAGUAAAAAGGCCUACUAGGGUUCUUGAUGAUGUGUUGGUGCAAGUAGGGAAGUUUGUGUUCCCUGCAAACUUUGUUAUUCUGGACUGUCAGGUAGAUGAGGAGAUACCUAUCAUUUUAGGUAGGCCAUUUUUAGCCACUGGGAGAGCACUAAUCGAUUGUAAGACUGGGGAAUUAAAAAUGAGACUGAACGAUGAAGAAGUCAUAUUCAAUGUUCAGCAAUCUAUGAGGAGACCCAGUGAAUAUACUAAUUGCUCUCUAGUGGAGGCAGUGGAUGUGAUACUGCAAGAAGAUGAUGUGACCCUGACUACUAAAGAUCCAUUGGAGGCAUAUCUGACAAAUUUAGAAGAGAUAGAUGGUGAAGGGUUAGCUAAGUGGGUCAUGGCACUUGAAGGCCAAGGAUUCUGGAAAAGGGAACCUCAGUUCGAGUCCCAUGAGUUAGAAAAAAGGGCUACACGUCCAGCAACACCAUCAGUAGAGAAACCACACAAGCUGGAGUUGAAGCCGCUCCUAGCUCACCUCAGGUACGUUUUCUUAGGCCCUGAUUCUACUUUGCCUAUUAUUAUAUCAUCCAGUUUGCUAAUUGCGCAGGUAGAAUAG